AUGGAGCACACCUUCAUAACUGUCCACGAUACUUCUCCUGAGGCUAGAAUCACUUUCGCGUCUGCUUCUAUCGAGCAGAUUCUAGGCUACCGGCCCGAGGAGGUCUAUAUGAGAUCGUCCUUUGACUUCUUUCACCCAGACGAGGUCCCAUUUGCGCGGCGUGUUCAUAGUCGCGGCCUGCGACUUGACAAGGCUGCAGUUCUCCACUAUGCCCGACUUCGGGGAAAGGACGGUCGGUGGAUUGGCUGUGAAUGCUGCUUCACCGUAGUCUACAAUGUCUUGGUGGCUUGUAUCAGCCUGUACCGGCGAGGCACCAGAAGUGAGCAGAGAGCUAAGGAUGCCCCCCUUAUUCGGAGGAUCUUUUCUUGUUCACCCCGUGACCCGCGGUAUCACAUGCUGGAGUAUCUUUCUCCAAAGUUCACAUCAGCACCCGUGGAGAGGGAACCACGUGGGGCUUUGAUCCUAAACCGGUUUACCCGAAACCUCACGAUCAUGCACGCAACAUUUGCUGUUGAUUCUAUCCUGGGCGGACGUUCUCUGGAAGAAAUUCGGGGUUCAAGUUUCUACGACUAUAUUGAGGACGACUGUGUUCCCGAGGCGGAAAGAUGCCUUGAGAGUGCCAAAUCGAACGACUCGAUUGCAUAUUUGAGAUUCUGGGUGAAAGACGCAAGGGCUCCCGCUCAGGGUCCGGACGUCGCGAUGAACGACGAAGAAGACAGCGAUCCGGACUCGGACAACGGUGGAGUGCGGCUGUCGUCUGCUGACGUGGAUGGUCGCCCGCAAAUAGCUGGACCACCACGGCAAAAUCGCAAUGAAGAUGGCAACAACCAGCAAAUCGUAGCGGCGCACGAUGAUGCAGGCCUAGGGAAUGGUGCCGCGGAGGAACAACCACGGGGCAUCGAAGUUGAGGCAGUCGUAUCUUGUGCAUCUGACGGGCUCGUGGUGAUUAUCAGAAAAGCUCGGCCCCUCAUUCCUGCCCUCCAACAACCACAGCAGCCGGCGUCGGCCGCCUACAACCAACACCAUGGAUUCUUUGCUGCUCCAUGGGGCCGCGAGAUUAUUCGACCGAAUGUGCCACUGGAUCAGGUACAUCAGUUCCGUGCUCCACUUCGGCCUGAGUACAUGCCACUCAGGGAGCCUGUCAAGCCCGUGAAUGGUCCGCCAGACGAGCAGUUCAUGAUGGCCAUCAAAGAUGUAGCAGUCUUUGCAUGGGCACUGGUUGGCAUAAAUGGCAAUUUCGCCAAGCACUGCAGAGGUGUUCCCCAAGGCGAAGCACAACCUCCAGAUGGUUUCCCAGUCUGGGAUCCAGCUGGUGGUGACCUCGAGUAUCAGGGACCCGAAAACCAAGCCGCUCUGAGAUGGGCAAGGCUUGGUAAGGCUGCGCAGACACCUAUGGGCUCAGAUAUACCCUACGGGGGCUACGCUCCUGAUCCGCAGUUUGGAGGGGCCCCGGGAACGUAUCAUCAUCAUCAGCCUCAAGGCUACGUCGAAAGACAUACAUACACGCACUCCAUCCAACACUUGCCUCAAUACUCUACAUCACCCUACACCUUUGGCCAACAGCAGCAGCAACAAGCACCGCCGCCACAGCAGCUGGAUCAACAUCAUCAACAACAUCAUCAACAACAUCAUCAACAACAUCAUCCUCAGCAUCAGCGGCAUGAAGAGCAAUACCAUGAACAACAGCAAGCCUUACAAUAUUCACAAACGCAGCAAGCCCCUCGCGGGUUAUGGUCGCCACACAAUUACGUGAGAGACGGCGCGGCGGGAGACGCGUGGCAGCAAGCGGACCUGAAUGAUUUCGACGAUCCGCUCAACAACCAAGCCACAUCUUCCCGCGCGCCGCUGACCGGCAACAUCGGCAGCAGCACAACAGGCGGCGGGGCGGCGGCGACGUCGUCAUCCUCGAGCUCGCGGCGCCCGCUCAACGAAAACUACCUCACAUCCCGCAUCGGCGGCGAGGACCGGGCGGCUGCUCAAAACACCAUCGACGAGUCCGUGUGGGACACGCUGCGCCGGGACUUGCUCGCGGUCUGGAGCAAGAUGCGCGAGGUACUGUACCCCCGCUACCUCUUUGGUGGCACCAUGUUCGAGUCCUCCGAGGGCAUCCGCGGCGCCUACGCCAACAUGCGUUCUGCCGGCAUCUCGGGCACCCGCGAGGAGCUGGCCGGCCUGGCGGGCCGCGUCAUGGACCCCGAGAACCUGCUCAACCAGAGCAACAUGACCCCCGGGCUGAGGGACUGGGACCUCUGGGGUCCAUUGAUCUUUUGUCUGCUCCUCAGUUUGUUGUUGAGCUUCAACGCCAGCGCGAGUCAAAAGGACCUCGUGUUCAGUGGCGUGUUUGCCAUGGUCUGGAUCGGGGAGGCUGUCGUUACGCUGCAGAUCAAACUCUUGGGAGGCAAUAUCUCAUUUGCACAAAGCGUAUGCAUCAUCGGCUACACGCUGUUCCCGCUCGUCAUCGCCUCCCUCCUGUCAGCAUUCAACCUCUACUGGAUCGCCCGAAUUCCUGUCUAUCUGGUACUCAUCGGCUGGGCAAUGGCUGCUGGCGUCAGCAUCCUCGGCGGCAGUGGCGUCGUCAAAAACAGGGUCGGCCUUGCUGUCUAUCCAUUGUUCGUCUUUUACCUGGGACUGGGAUGUCUCUGCUUCAUCAGCUACCCGUCAUAG